CUUCUCUACUCGGUUUUGAGUGCAUUUCCCCAACAUAGCUUCGCGGCUUCAUCGGAGGUGAUUCUUUUCUUUCCAGCUUUCAGCUUCUUCUCUGCUCUAAAUCAUGGCAGAUGGAUUGGUUUCGUUAGUCGUGGAGAGUUUGGGGUCCAUGGCCAUCCAAGAGCUGAGCUUUUUAGUGGGUGUUAAGGAAGAUCUUGAAAAGCUCUCGCAUACCUUCGAAUUUCUUCAAGCGGCACUCAUCGACGCAGAGAAGCAGCAAGUGAAGAAUGAAUUGGUAAAAAAUUGGUUAGGAAGGCUCAAAGAUGUGGCAUAUGACAUGGAUGACGUUUUGCAGGAGUGGAAGGUGGUGAUCGAUGGUUGCGAUGAUGGUACCGGCUCUGAAGAUAAGGUAUGUUCCCACUCAUUCCCACCUUGUUUCUCCUUCGACAGAGCCAGCUUUCAUGUUAAGAUCGGACGUCGGAUAAAAGCGAUUAGUGCAAGAUUAGACCAGAUCAAAGAAGACAAGGAUAGAUUCAUUUUCAGAGAAAUCAGGGAAGAAGGUGGAGCGAUCGAGUCGGAUACGAUGGAAACAAGUUCACUGAUAGAUGAAACUGGGAUUUUCGGUAGGGAUCCAGAUAAGGAGAUAAUUGUCAAACAGUUGGUAAGUGAGGGCAGCAGCAAUGAGGAAAACAUCCCAGUGAUUUCUAUUGUUGGGAUGGGAGGAAUUGGCAAAACUGCUCUUGCUCAACUAGUUUUCAAGGAUGAGAGGGUUAAGAAGCAUUUUGAUAAAAUGAUUUGGGUGAGUUUGCCUCAUGAUUUCGACGUGAGGAGAAUCUAUUUAGCCAUCACUAAAAUUAGAGGAUGGUCUGGUUCCUUGGAAGAAUUGCAAUUCAUCUUACAAUGUGGGGUACGAAAGACACAGUUUCUGCUUGUGCUGGAUGGCCUAAGUAAUGUUGAUGAAGCCAGGUGGGAAAAGCUUAUGAUUUCGCUGAAGGGAGCCGCGACGGGAAGUAGAAUUUUAGUCACCACUCGUAAUGUGAAUGUUACAAAAUUAUUUUCCAUGACACUGAUGCAUGAACUGAAACCCUUGUUUGAGAAUGAAUGCUGGUCGUUGUUGAGCAGCAGAGCUUUCUCUGGAGGAAGAAGAGGGGAUGAUGGUGGAGUGUUGGAGUCAUUAGGUAGAGAGAUUGUAAACAAGUGCCAUGGAAUUCCUCUCCUUUUGAAGACUAUAGGAAGUGCCCUGCGCAGUAAAAAAGAUGUACAGGACUGGCUGUCUGUCUUACAUGAAGAAAUAUGGGAUUGGGACUCGUUAGGUGCUGAAAAAAUAGCACCUGCUCUAUUAGUGAGUUUCCAUGAUAUGCCAAAGCAUUUGAAGCAAUGUUUUGCUUUUUGUUCCAUAUUUCCUAAGGGUCAUUUCAUCGAGAAAGACAAGUUAAUCAAGUUGUGGAUGGCCCAAGGUUUCAUUCCUCAGAGGGGAAGAGGUGAAAUGGAGAGGCUAGGUGGUUUGUAUUUCGAUGAUUUAAUGGGACGGUCGUUGUUUCAUUUCAUAGAGACAGAUGAAGGCGGUGAUGCUAAGUAUUGUAUGAUGCAUGACAUGAUCCAUGACGUCUGUGAAUCUAUUAUGAGUGAGUAUUUAGUCAUACAAGAGAAAACACCGAAGAGUGACCUUACAAAGGCUCGCCAUGCUUCAUGGAUUUGCAAUUGGGAUGUAGAAUUCAUUCCUUCAUUCAUUCACAAGGCCAGUAAUUUGCGGACACUCCUGCUCAUCGGAUGGUCAAAAAUACACAGCAUUUCUCAUCGUUUUAUCAGCAGCUUAAACCACCUGAGAGCAUUGGAUUUGAGCGGCAGCAGAAUAAAGAAGCUCCCGAAUUCUUUCCAGAACUUGAAGCUUUUGCGAUACCUCGACUUGUCAGCCACCGAAAUACAAGAAUUGCCAGAAUUUGUAAGUACCCUCUGUCUUUUGCAGACCUUAAAGCUUAAUCAUUGCUAUAAGCUUAGAAAACUCCCUAAAGGGAUUGCGAAAAUGAUCAAACUAAGACAUCUUGAAACCGAGGGUACCUGUUUGGAGUACUUGCCAAAAGGAAUAGGGAGGUUAACAUCCCUUCGGACAUUAACUAAGUUCAUUUUGGGGGGUGAGAGAGGAUGUAAAAUUACAGAAUUGAAAGAACUUAACUUUCUUCAAGGGAAACUAGAAAUAACAUGCUUAAACAGAGUAGCAAGUAGAGAUGAGGCUAACGAGGCAGAGUUGGAGAAGAAGCAGAACCUCCAAACCUUGCAAUUGUCAUGUCAGCGGAGCAAUUUGGAGAUACUCGUAGAAAGUGUGGUGGCGCAGGAGGGUGUGUUUGAAGGCCUUCGACCCCAUACAAACCUAAGAGAUCUUAUCGUCUCGGAUUACAUUGGUCGCCAAUUCCCAAGUUGGAUGGAAGAUUGUUCGUCGUAUUCCAAUCUUACGAAAGUGCAAUUAUCAUAUUGCCGGUGCAAACAGAUGCCUGCGCUUGGAAAACUGAUGUCUCUUAAAUGGCUUGAGAUAAAGGCCAUGUUUGAAGUGCGACAGGUGGGCAGCGAGUUUUGUGGGAAUAGCUAUGGUGGGGUUACCAGAACAUUCCCCAAAUUAGAGAUUCUUAUAUUCGAAAGUAUGGAAAUUUGGGAGGAGUGGAAGUUGAAUGUGGGAGCUGGAUCAAUCCCAUUUCUAAUUCAAUUAUCCAUAUCGUUCUGCAAGAAGUUAAAGGCACUGCCAGAACUGCAACACCUCACUUCACUUCAGGAACUCAAUAUCAGUUCUUGUCCAAUCCUAUGCAAUCGAUGCCAGCGGGCAGGAGAAGAUUGGAACAAGAUAGGCCACAUCCCCAACAUCACCAUUGAUGGGAUGAAAAUCCAAUGAGAAGAAACCUCUAGAAGUGCUACAUUGGAAGGCAGCUGAAUCUCAGGACGUUCCUUUCCUCUUUCUAUAUGGGCGCCGUAGAUCAACUUAUCAAGGGUAAAUUCAAGGUUCCUUCACCGUUCGAGUUGUCCGUUUCCUUUCUCGGGGAGAACCAACUUCAUUAUUGCCAAUGGAAUUCUAAUGCCAUUGGAUUGCCACCCCAACCUAGGUAGAAGAGGUUGACUCCCAAAAUUUAGCCGAAGAAUCAAGUCUCCCUUCGUUUUUUUUUUUUUUUUUUCUCCGUUCUCCACCAUUUAUUCCAUGUAAGAUUGUAAGAUUGUCUAGAAUCUGCGCUCAACUUUCCCUGUAUCUAGGUACAAUAUUUUAUAAUUAGAUUUCAUUUGUGAUUAUAAUAUGCUCAUAUUUUCAUUUUGUAAAUAAUGCAAUGUGAUUUGUGUAAUAACUCUAUAAGGUGG